AUGACAGCCGUCAGUCGGUAUGUGAAACUUCUUUGGACAAUUCGCGGUCACGAGAAGAAAAAUCGAAGUGUUGCCGACGUUUUCCGGCAAUAUGUUGAUCGACAUCCUAAUAAAACCUGUUUUGUGUUCGAGGAUCAAGAGUGGACUUUCCAACAAGUGGAAGACUUCAGUAAUAAAGUAGCGUCGGUAUUUAAAAAUCAUGGCUACCGGAAAGGAGAUACAGUGGCAUUAUUUCUUGAAAACCGACCAGAAUACGUUGGAAUUUGGCUCGGACUGAGUAAACUUGGAAUAAUUAUUCCUCUGAUUAACACAAAUUUGAAAAAAGCAUCCCUCUUGCACAGUAUCAACACUGCGAAGUGUCAAGCCUUAAUUUAUGGCGUUGAUCUAGCAGAUCCUGUUAAGGACGUUGCAUCAUCUUUGGAUGCGAAACUGGCUCUCUACAGAUUUGAUGAGAAACCAGGAUUACCGUCAAGUAGUUUAAAAGAAAAGGACCUAACUGCAUUUUUAGCUGAAGCACCAACAGUCUCUCCAGUAGUUCAAGAUAAAGGAUCUUAUCAUGAUAGGGUGUUGUAUAUUUAUACGAGUGGCACAACUGGACUUCCCAAGGCUGCGGUUAUCACCAACUCAAGGUUCAUGUUUAUUGCAAGUGCAAUCCACUUUCUAGUGGGUUUUCGUAGUUCCGACAGGUUUUACACACCAUUACCUCUUUACCACACUGCAGGAGGUGUCAUGACUAUAGGUCAAUCUCUUCUUCAUGGAGGAACUACUGUUAUUAGGAAAAAGUUUUCAGCUAGUUCUUACUUCAGUGAUUGUGUCAAGUACAAUUGCACGGUGGCUCAAUAUAUUGGUGAAAUGUGCCGAUAUAUUUUGGCAGUGCCUCCAAAGCCAGAAGAAACACAACAUAAACUUCGCACAAUUUUCGGAAACGGUCUGAGGCCCCAAAUAUGGCGAGAAUUUGUGGACCGCUUUAAGAUUCCUCAAGUUGCUGAAUUUUAUGGUGCUACCGAGGGCAACGCAAAUAUUGUAAAUGUCGACAAUACUGUUGGUGCGAUUGGUUUUGUAUCACGAAUAAUUCCGGCCGUCUAUCCAAUAUCUAUCAUCAAAGUUGAUGCAGAUGGAGAACCGGUUAGAAAUUCAAAAGGACUUUGUCAAGUUUGUAAACCAAACGAGCCGGGUGUGUUCAUUGGAAAAAUUAUUCCGGGCAAUCCUUCUAGAGCUUUCUUAGGAUAUGUGGACCAAAAAGCAUCUGAAAGUAAAAUAGUUCGGGACGUCUUCUCGAAAGGAGACUCAGCCUUUUUAUCAGGUGAUAUUAUUGUGGCUGACGAGAUGGGAUAUUUAUUCUUCAAAGAUAGAACAGGAGACACAUUCCGAUGGAAAGGGGAAAAUGUAUCCACGUCAGAGGUCGAAGCCAUUGUUAGUAAUCACAUCAAUUACAGAGAUUGUGUUGUAUAUGGCGUCGAAAUUCCAGGGGCAGAAGGCAGAGCUGGAAUGGCUGCUAUUUAUGAUGAAUAUGGCAGUUUGGACAUGAAUCGUCUAUCUUCCGAUAUUAAGGAGCACUUACCAACCUACGCGAGGCCACAGUUUAUUAGAAUAUUAACAAAGAUUGAUUUAACUGGUACAUUCAAGCUGAAAAAGAAGGAUCUCCAAGAUGAAGGUUUCAACGUCAGGAGCAUAAAAGAUAAAAUUUAUUAUUUAGAUCCAAAAACGGGUUAUGAAUUACUAACUCCUGAAGUUUACGAUCUAUUACAACAAGGCAAAGUUCGAUUUUGAGAAUCCAAAACUGUAGAAAUGCGAAGAAACUUUCAGUGGUUUCGCUAGAAAGUAUGCUGAAUAUAUUUCCAAACGAUUUUCCUAUUCAAGUGAUACUCCAAUUGUAAAUUUAUUUAUAGACAUGGAAACAUAUUUUCCGUAUAUUUGUAAUUAGUUAGAGACCAAAUUUGGAAUUUUCGGUAUUUCAAAAUUCCAGACUUAACAAAAAAUAGGUGCUAGAGCCUGGAAAAUUAAGCACCCAUUAAAAAAUGUCUUGUCCGCAGAAAAGGACAGAGAACGAAAAAACUUUAUGUUUCUCAAUUAAAAAAAAGAGAAGAGUCAAACAUGGAUUCGCUCAUAUAAUGUUUCUUAAAGAUAAUUUUUAAGCGCGCUAUUUUGUAUUUUUAAGUCCUUUCGGUCCUUCCAUUUUUAACUGUGACAAACGUUUUUAAUGAGGUGCAGAUCAAAUUAAGUGCUUUACUGAUUUUUUUUAAAUCCCGAAGAUCUUUGAAUUUUAGUACAUUUUUUAAGUAUUGAAAAAUGUAAUUAAAGCACUUAAAUUAAAUCUAAAGACUGUUCUAAUUCACAAGAAAAAUACAAAUGAGAAAAUAUGCCGGAAAAUUGCCCUUUGCAAAUCUAAAGCAGUGGUUUAAUUUUUAAUUUUUUACCCGUUAUCAGUAAAAUGCAAUGUAUAUAGAAAUCUGCAUAAUAUUAUUAUAAACUCCGCAAUGUGAGGGCAAAAUGGUUCAUCCAGUAAAAAUAUUAGAAUGUGACGAUUAGAAAAUAAAAAUGUGUUCAUUUAUUUGAAUAACGUCCAAUUUUUAAUAUUUUAGAAAUACAACUGAUGAAACUUUUUGGCGAGAUUGUUUUCGAAAUAACGUUAUACGUGUAAAUACAUAAUAUAUUAAUGAUUUCAUAAUGGUAACUGGUGAUACCUCUUACCUAUCGCGCAAUAAUUUGUAUAUUAGUCAAUAAGGUUUUGGACGCAUCAAUAAUUUUAUAAAAUUAUUUUUAAUAAAAAUAAUUGCAUUUAUA